AAACAAUCGAGGCCUGGUUACUUCAAAAACCGGCGGCGGCGAAGAACUCGAAAACGAAAAUAUGUUAUUGUUGGCCGUCUUUCUCAUGUAUUCACGUUAAACAAUGGUGCCCACACUGAAAGGAAGUAUAACGGACCAUGGUGUCAAUGUGGGUUUUUAUGAUACUUGGUGAUUCGAACAUCUGUGUGAUAAAUGCGGCGUCAAUUGAUAAAAAGAACAAGAAAGAAUUACCAACAAAUCAUUAUAAUACCCCUACUAUAAAAAGUGCCUAUUUCUAUAAACAUGGGUGAUUCUCGAUACAGUGGUCACGACGAAACUGGUAGUGUAGUUAUUCAGCUGACAGACGAUGCACAAAAUACACCGAAGCAAUUGAAUGACGUGAAGUUCAUUGAGAAACCGCAAACCUCGACCCAGUUGCGUGCAUUCGGGUGCACUGUCCCGCCCUCGAAAUACCUUGCGCGAACGUGCACAUGGCUAGUUCUUGUCACAAUCGCGUGGUCCGUCCUGUGGUCUGUUAUUGGCCAAGAUCUCCUACCUGGUGGGAACAUAUUUGCUAUUUUUGUGGUCAUUAUAUGUGCAUCCUUUUUUGGGAUGCUGGUCAAACUGGUCCCAUAUUUGCAGCUACCACCCCUUCUUGGAAUGUUGGUGGCUGGCUUAGUACUGCGAAAUGUGCCGUACAUUGAUUUCGCUAAGCAUAUAGACAAGAAGUGGUCUUCUACACUUAGAAGUAUUGCACUAGCGGUGAUUCUUGUCAGGUCUGGUCUUGGUUUGAAUACUGAUGUGUUGCAAAAAUGUAAAUUUACAGUUAUGAGACUUGCAUUUAUACCAUGCACAUUUGAGGUAGUUACAGCUGCAGUGAUGGCCUCCUAUAUUCUUGGCAUGAAGUGGCAGUGGGCUUUUCAGCUUGGCUUUGUCCAGGCAGCAGUAUCUCUAGCUGUUGUAAUCCCUGCUCUACUGGAGUUCCAGGAAAAGUUCUAUGGCACAAACAAAGGCAUUCCUACAUUGGUAAUGGCAGCAGCAUCAUUUGACAAUGUCUUGUGCAUCAGUGGGUUUGGCGUCUGCAUUGGUCUUAGCUUCCACUCUGGUAAUCUAGUAUUCAAUAUAUUCCGUGCGCCAAUAGAGGUUCUUAUUGGCUUGGCUUUUGGAGUUUUCAUGGGAUUCCUUUGCUGGUGGUUUCCAAAUAAAACUGAGGAGGGAGUGUCUAGGAGCAGGUUUCUCAUAUUACUUGGUGGUUCCAUGCUUGCUGUAUUUGGCAGCAAAGCAGCUCAGUUUGCAGGUGCUGGAGCACUAGCUGCACUUAUCAUGUCCACUCUUGCUGCCUAUGGAUGGGGCAAACAAGGAAAGGCACCUAUUGCUCAGGCAACAGCUCUGUUGUGGAUGUUUUUUGAGCCACUAUUAUUUGGUCUAGUUGGAGCAGAAGUCAGCAUAGAUUAUCUGGAUAAAAGAUUAGUCGGAAUAGGGAUUGGUGUACUUGCAUCAAGUCUAGUGGUACGGACACUUAUCACAUACCUGACUGUCACUCAGAAUAACCUCAACAGAAAAGAGAAGAUGUUUAUCGCAAUUGCUUGGCUUCCUAAAGCUACAGUGCAGGCAGCUAUUGGGUCGAUUUCUCUGGACACAGCUAGACUUACUGGGUUCACUGGACAAUAUCAUGAGGAAUUUGGUAUUCAGAUUCUGACCAUGGCCGUUUUAGCUAUUAUUAUCACUUCUCCAAUUGGUGCUGUUGGAAUAACACUUGCUGGUCCAAGGUUGUUAACCCGUAUGCCACCCAGAGAUGAGGUCCAAAUAUGGCCUCUGAUGGUAGAGAGGCAAAAUCAAGUUGAUAGCACCUUGGAAACUAAUCUAUAGGUUGCAUUAAAGAUAGAUUGAUGUGAAGCCUAAACAGAAAUAGAAAAGAAAAGCAUGUUAAAAAAUAGUAAAUAUAGUUUCAUGGGCUGGAAAUGGAAUAAAGUAAAUAUUAGUAAACAUAACAACUGGUCACUGGUUAGACUGGAUCUCCAACUGUUUCUGUGAGCCCACAAAGGCAUAGCAACGGCUGAUAAUAUAUAGGUAUACUUAUAGAAACAUAACAUGACUUCUUAAAAAUAGUUUCCAAUGAAAUUUAUAUAAAUUAUACAAAUAUAGGCCUUAUGUGCCAUCAGUGAUGAAGAGGCCUAAGCUAGUACAUACAAAUAUAGGAAAUUAUUAUUCUUCUGAAAGAUAAACGAUAUUAUAUUUGAUCAUUAUAUUUGAGCUAAAAUAAAAUAUUUUGACCUUAGCCCAUAA